AUGCCUCGCCGUGCAACCUCGCCGGCCCAAUCGGAACCGGAGCUUGACAUCCUAGGCUCUUUGUAUCCCGGCGACGAAGAACCGACCAAGACGGCCACUGGCGAGCUAGACAUUGACGCCAUCCUGCAUGCGCCCGACGCAGCAAAUGAUGACGAUGACGAGGCUUUCAUCGGCCUGCAGCAGGCGGCCUCGUACCGCAAGGCCUCCAACUUGAAGGGUCGCACGGUGAAAAAGGGCGGAGGCUUCCAGGCCAUGGGUCUCAAUUCCAACCUGCUCAAGGCCAUCACGCGCAAGGGCUUCUCGGUUCCGACGCCGAUCCAGAGGAAAACGAUACCACUCGUUCUCCAGAGAAAAGAUGUCGUCGGCAUGGCCAGGACGGGUUCCGGAAAGACGGCUGCGUUCGUGAUCCCAAUGGUCGAGAGACUCCGCGCCCAUAGCGCCCGGUUCGGCUGUCGGGCGCUCAUCCUCUCCCCUUCGCGCGAACUGGCUAUCCAGACCCUCAAGGUUGUCAAGGAGCUGGCCAAGGGCACAGAUCUCAAGGCUGUGCUCCUCGUGGGCGGUGAUAGUCUGGAGGAGCAGUUUGGCUUCAUGACUGCAAACCCAGACAUUGUCAUUGCCACUCCUGGUCGUUUCCUGCAUCUCAAAGUCGAGAUGGGGUUGAAUCUCUCCUCGAUUCAAUACGCCGUAUUUGACGAAGCCGAUCGCCUAUUCGAGAUGGGUUUUGCCGCCCAACUAACCGAGAUUCUCCACGCCCUGCCUCCUUCGAGGCAAACCUUGUUGUUCUCCGCCACCUUGCCCGCCUCUUUGGUCGAAUUCGCCCGUGCAGGCCUGCAGGACCCGAGUCUUGUUCGCCUUGACGCCGAGACUAAGGUGUCUCCUGAUUUGGAGAGCGCCUUCUUCUCGGUUAAGGGCGAGGAAAAGGAGGGCUCCCUGCUACAUAUUCUCCACGAUGUUAUCAAGCCAUCCAAGAAACGGAAACGAGGACCAGGCUCGGCGAGCGGCAAGCCGACGGAGCGUUCGACCAUCAUCUUUACGGCCACAAAGCACCACGUCGAGUACUUGGCCAAUGUAUUGCAGCACGCAGGCUUCGCCACUUCUCAUGUCUACGGCUCUCUUGAUCAAACUGCUCGACGAAUUCAGGUCGAAGACUUCCGGAAAGGGCAGACAAACAUCUUAGUGGUCACUGACGUCGCCGCCAGAGGUAUAGAUAUCCCUAUUCUAGCCAAUGUCAUCAACUACGACUUCCCCCCUCAGCCCAAAAUCUUUGUCCACCGCGUGGGCCGAACAGCCAGAGCGGGCCAAAGGGGCUGGAGCUACAGCCUCGUCCGGGACAUAGAUGCACCCUACCUUCUCGAUCUGCAACUGUUUCUUGGCAAGAGGCUAGUCGUCGGCCAGGAUGACGGCUCCGCUUCGUAUUCCAGCGAUGUGGUUGUCGGGGCCUUGAAGCGAGAUUCCGUAGAGUCUCACGUCGAGUGGAUGAACAAAACCCUCGACGAGGUCGAGGACCUCAACGCCCUACGUCGAGUCGCGGGCAAGGCCGAAAAGUUGUACAUGAAGACGCGCAACUCAGCAUCAAGCCAGAGUGCCAAGCGGGCGCGCGAGGUCGUGGCAUCAAAUGGCUGGAUGCAGCUGCACCAACUGUUUGGCGAAGACGUAGACGGCACAGAGCAGGCACGGGCGGCGAUGCUCGCGAAAAUCAGUGGCUACAAGCCCCAAGAGACAAUCUUCGAGGUUGGCCACGCAGACAAAAGCACUUCCGAGGCGGCCGAAGUUAUGAAACAGUUACGGAAGAGAAUCACGCCGAGGAAUAGGCAGGCCGUGAAGACGGAAGAGGUGAGGGGUGACGACGAGCUCGAGAAUGACGAUGGCGGGCUUCAGAUGGACAUCGACAUGGCCGAUGAGUCGGGCGAGGAAGAGAUGGCAGAAGAAACGAUGCUCAGCAAUGACGAAGACGACCUAGAGGUGACCAUCUCGGACGCGACGAGCAAGAAAAAGGGCAAUCAGGACUGGCGCGACUCGCAAAUGUUCAUGUCGUAUACGCCGCGGACGACCAACGCAGCCGAGGAGCGCGGCUACGGCGUGCACUCUGGCGGGCGGGGCUCGAGCUUCGUCGAGGCGGCGCGUGAUGCCACCAUGGACCUCGGUGACGACGAGACGGCCAAGGCCUUUGGGCAGCCGACGCGGGCCAAGAUGCGGUGGGAUGCUAAGGGCAAAAAGUACGUGUCGCGCGAGAACGACGAGGACGGGUCGCGCGGCGCGCGCAUGAUUGUCGGCGAGAGCGGCGUCAAGAUUGCCGCCAGUUUCCAGAGCGGCCGCUUCGACAAGUGGCGCCGCGCCCAGCGCGUCGGCCGCCUGCCGCACGUCGGCGAGGCGGAGCGGCCCGGCGCGCAAGGCGGCGGCGGCGGCGGACUUCCCUCGGGCCGGCGCUUCAAGCACACGCAGGAAAAGGCGCCCAAGGAGGCAGACAAGUACCGCGACGACUUUCGCGUGCGCAAAAAACGCGUCGACGAGGCGCGCGAGAAGCGCGUGGGCAGGUUCAAGGACGGCAUGGGCAGCAAGAAGGAGCUCAAGGGCAUCCACGACAUCAGAAAGGCGAGGCAGGAAAAGGAGCGGCGCCAGGCCCAGAACGCCAGGCCGCCCAAGAGGAAGUAG